CGCUCGCCGCGCAGCCCAGCCCGGCCCGGCCGCCCGCCCGGCUCCGCGCCUCCCCGCCCAGCAGGAAGGAGCCGCGAGCCGGCCCGGAGCGGGGAGGCAGGCAGGAAGAAAGAAAAAGAAAAACCCAACAACUCCCGGCAGCAUUUUCGCUUAAACUGAUAUGGAUGCCUGCUGACCAGAAGGUAGAGAGCUACGGAUUAGCAUCAGAUGGUGACUGUGUCUUCUUACAAUUUCUGUGCCUGUGUCUGAGAGAGAGAGCCUCCUAGGUGUUGUGGAAAUGAACGGAGAACAGCAACUUGACACAGAUGCUGGAUCUGGUGUGGAGGAAGUGGAAUUUAACUGGGAUGAAUAUCUAGAAGAUACAGGAUCCAUAGCAGCUCCUCAUGGGUCUUUUAAACAUGUGGAUACAAGUCUGCAGAAUGGAUUUGCCCCUGGCAUGAAACUAGAGGUUGCUGUAAAAUCUGAUCAUGAAACUUACUGGGUUGCUACCAUCAUCACUACAUGUGGACAGUUACUCUUGUUGCGUUAUGAUGGCUAUGGAGAGGACCGAAAAGCAGAUUUCUGGUGUGAUAUCAGAACAGCUGAUUUACAUCCCAUUGGCUGGUGUGAGCAGAAUAAGAAGAUUCUCAAAGCACCUGAAGGUAUCAAGGACAAGAUUUCUGACUGCUAUGAGUUCCUACGGGAGACUCUGAAAGGAGCAUAUAGUGCUCCUUCUAAUCUGCUAGAGGGCCUUCAUAAAGGGAAGAAUCCUUUGGAUCUCAUUGCACCAGGCUCCAGACUGGAAUGUCAGAAUUUCCAGGAUUCUUUAAGCACUUGGAUUGUUAAUGUAGCAGAUAAUAUUGGGGGAAGAUUGAAAUUGCACUAUGAAGGUCUGGAGAAUUCUGACCAGUUUGAACAGUGGUUGUUUUACCUGGAUCCAUUCCUUCAUCAAGUUGGUUGGGCGUCUCAGGAGGGAUAUGCGCUUCAUCCUCCAACAGUCAUCAGACAUUUGAAAAGUGAGGCAGAAUGGCAGGAGAUCUUAACAAAAAUUAAAGAGGAAGAAGAAGAGUCAUUGAUACCAUCGGACUUAUUUAAGGAUAAACUGGUGAUUGGUCAUCACACUUUCUCUGUAGGCAUGAAACUGGAAGCACUAGACCCUUCUGCUCCUUUUACGAUUUCUCCUGCUACAAUUGUGAAGGUGUUCAAUGAGAAAUAUUUUUUGGUGGAAAUUGAUGAUUUGCGAGCAGAGAAUACUACAAGACGAUCCUUUGUGUGUCAUGUUAAUAGUGCUGGGAUUUUCCCAGUACAUUGGAGUUUAAAGAAUGGUUUACAUCUCAGCCCCCCUCCUGGCUACCCGAAUCAAGAUUUUGACUGGGCAGACUACCUCAAACAGUGUGGUGCUGAAGCUGCUCCACAAAGUUGCUUUCCUUUGCCAAUUUCAGACCAUGGCUUUAAGGAGAACAUGAAGCUUGAGGCAGUGAAUCCUAUUGACCCUGAAGAAGUAUGUGUUGCUACCAUUACUGCAGUAAAAGGUUCAUAUCUGUGGCUCCAAUUGGAAGGCUCUAAGAAGCCAGUACCUGAAUGCAUUGUAAGUGUAGAAUCCAUGAAUAUCUUCCCUGUGAGUUGGUGUGAAACCAAUGGAUACCAACUCCGAUCUCCUCGUCGAGCAGUAGUGAAUAAACAGAAAAAAGUUGCAGUGGUUCAGCCAGAAAAACAAAUCAUACCUUCAAGGAUGGUCCAUGAAAGUCUGAAGAAUCAAGAACCGAAUCCUCCUGACUCAGUCACAAUUAAUGGAAAAUACUUCUGUCCAAAGAUCUACUUCAAUCACCGUUGCUUCUCAGGGCCUUAUCUCAAUAAAGGAAGAAUUGCUGAACUGCCUCAGUGUGUAGGACCAGGAAACUGUGUUCUGGUUCUGAAAGAGGUUCUUACAUUGCUGAUCAAUGCAGCCUACAAACCAAGCCGUGUUCUUCGGGAGCUUCAGCUAGAUGAAGAUUCUGUGUGGCAUGGACAUGGGGAAACCCUAAAAGCCAAAUACAAAGGAAAAAGCUAUCGUGCUACAGUCGAGAUAGUGAGAACAGCUGAUCGAGUGACUGAUUUCUGCCGGAAAACUUGUAUAAAAUUGGAAUGCUGCCCUAAUCUCUUUGGUCCUCAGAUGGUUCUGGACAAGUGUUCUGAAAAUUGUUCUGUAUUAACAAAAACCAAAUACACACACUAUUAUGGAAAGAAGAAAAACAAAAGAAUUGGGCGACCGCCUGGUGGGCACAGUAAUUUAGAGUGUGUCAUGAAGAAAACAAACAAGAGACGGAAGAGGAGGAAGAACUUCUUUGUCCAUAAGAAGAAGCGUUCCUCAACAUCUGUUGAUAACACACCAGCAGGCUCUCCUCAGGGCAGUGGAUGUGAAGAUGAUGAUGAUCAGGAUGAAGUAGAUGAAGAAUCUCUAAGUGAAGAUAGUGCCUCUGAACAGCAAGAUGAGCUGCAGGAAGAAUCAGAAGUGUCAGAAAAGAAAUCAUGCUCUUCCUCUCCUACCCAAAGUGAAUUGUCUCAUUCAUUGGCUCAGGAGCGAGACAAGAGAAAAAGAAAACUUCGCACUUUUUCUUUCUCUGAUGAUGAGAAUAAACCUCCUUCACCAAAGGAAAUAAAGAUUGAAGUUGCUGAAAAACUGCAGCUGGACAGUAACCCACUGGAGUGGAGUGUGGCUGAUGUUGUGCGAUUCAUCAAAUCUACAGACUGCGCUCCAUUAGCAAGAAUAUUCCUGGAUCAGGAAAUUGAUGGGCAGGCCCUACUACUCCUUACCCUUCCCACUGUUCAAGAGUGCAUGGACUUGAAGUUGGGCCCUGCUAUAAAGCUUUGCCAUCACAUAGAGAGGAUCAAGUUUGCCUUUUAUCAGCAGUUUGCUAACUGAGAAGGAUGGCCAAGGUGAACUGGACCUUUGAAGCACAAAUGCAGUGAGCCAUUGGUACCCUCUCUGAGAUGGCAUGCUGACGUUGGUGAUCUCCAGGUGUCUGCCUGCUGUGAUUUUGCACUUUCAGGGAAGGAAGACCACACACAUGAAGUAAAACAAUGCACACUAAGUGUCUACCCUGCCAAUGGAAUUGUGGUAGUCCUUUGUUCAUCAGAUUACAUUUUUUUUUAAAAAAUAAAUGAUUGUGGGAAAAGAAA